AUGGCAUCUCCCCAAACCACCACCACCCUCCCAGUCGUAGCCAUCGCCGGCGCAACCGGCCAUCUAGGCAAGCACGUCGUCUCAGCCUUCCUAGCCUCCAAUCUACGCAACCGCUUCUCGGAAGUCAUCCUCCUCUCGCGACAAGACAGCCAUCAACAUCCACCAACAGGCCUCCCCACCCCCUCCAACAACACGCACCCCAAACUCACCAUUCGCAAAUACACUGAAGACGACCCGGUCAGCAUCACUCGCGCCCUCCACGGCGCUUCAAUCCUCAUCAAUACCGUCGGCCCCUCCGGCCACUCCUUCAAAGAGAAACUGCUCCACGCCAUCCCCCAGACAUCCAUCCAACUCUACUUCCCCUCCGAAUUCGGGGUGAAUCACUACGUGCACGACUUUCCGCAUCUAGAAUGGGACUCGAAGAAGAAGCACAUGGCGCUGGCGGAGCAGCUACUUACCCAAGGCCCGAAGAAGGUGAAGAUCUGUCGUGUCUUCUGUGGAUUGUUCCUGGAGGAUAGUAUCGGUCCGUGGUUCGGGUUUGAUACGAAGCGUGGAAGGUAUGAGAGUGUUGGGAGUAGUAGGGUGCCCGUGUCGUUUACUUCGUUGGGGGAUGUGGGCAGGAGUGUUGCUGCGUUGGCGAGUUUGAGGGUGGAUGAGGUGCCGGAGGUGGUGCAUGUUGCUGGGGAUAGUAGAAGUGUUGUGGAGAUUGCGGAGGUUAUGGGUGGUGCUGGUGGAGGUGGUGAAGAUGGAAAAGGGGAGAUAGAGGUGGUGGAGGUUGGGUUGGAGGAGUAUAAGAGGGAUGUUACUACGGGGAAGAAGGAUUCAUGGGAUCCGGCGCCUUAUUUGAGGUUUUUGAUGGGCGAGGGCAAGAUUAUGCAUACGAGGGAUGGGUUGGGGGAUGAUGAUGAAUUGGUUAAUCCGGGGGAGAGGUUGUGGAAAUGGGAGACGUUGAGGGAUUUGGCGGAGAGGACGGGGGGAAGGCCUUGGGGGGAUUAUGCGUGGCCGCCGAAGUAG